AUGUCUGCACCUCUUUGGUUACAAUUCACUGGUAAUCAAACCAAACGGAAGCGGGCCGAGCUCGCCUGUGUGGCUUGUCAUAGCAAGAAGAUUAGAUGUGACCUGCAGGCGCGAGGGGCUCAGGGGCAUAGUAACUGCACCAAGUGCGAAUCUGGCGGCAAAGAAUGCCGAACGAGGCCAUCAAAACGAGGUCGGCCUGCUGCAAAUGCGGCCCCAUUGACACCUCCGGUAACCGAGACCCAUUCCUGUGUUCAAGUAAAUCGGCAUGGCUCUAUUCCGGAUCAUCUUGCUGUCAAUCAACCAUCAUCUGGACCGCCUGGGGCCCGAUUAAGAAAUGAUAGCCGGUCGUUGGACUUCCCCAGAGAUCUGCUUCAGAGUUCUUCCAUCUCCCGGGCACAUGUUGAACAAGCAAGAACUCAAAAUUUUCACAAUAUUGAAUGGCCGCUGAGAGAUGACCCAUCCCCAGGUCAAGUGCCGCCUGACCCCCAGGGCAGGCCUAUGCAAGCCACGACCAAUGAUUCUCCCGCCACUCAACGAACAGAAGAUCACUCAGAGCAUAAUGAUAGCUACCCAAUUGGUCAUGUCUUCCUACCAGAGCUACAAACAAAUGCUCGAGCCCAGGAGCGGCUCAUUGCUGAAAGAAUGCCUGAGGUGCUCAAUCUACCUGAUCCAGACCUACAACAAACAUUCGCAGAAACAUACUGGGAGUACUGUUACACAUGGUGUCCAGUCCUAGACCGAGAGACCCUCUCACAAGAGCUCGCUCGAUCUCCACUACUCGUCAAUGCCCUGGCAGUGGUUGGUAGCCAUAUUAAACCGCCCAUGAUUCCACAUGAUGGACCUGCCGGCUAUUACGAGCGAGCUCGCACUAGGUUCUACAAUGAUGAAGAGGCAGAUGUCAUGACCUCGUUGAAAGCUAUUUCGCUAUUUUAUUGGUGGAGUCCGCGGCCACCAACUAUCCUCCAUCGCCAUUCUUCUUGGUGGUGGACUUCGGUUGUCAUCCGACAUUGCCAACAACUAGGUGUACACCGGGAACCAGCACAAAACCAUCCACUACGUCAACAGAUUGAUCUCAGUCUUCGGCGUCGAAUAUGGUGGACGGCAUUUGCGCGUGAGCGACUAACUGCUUUGUGUCAAAGCAAACCAUGCGUCAUUGACCCCGAAGACUGUACCCUGUCAGAACCCACAUUGGAAGAUUUCUCCCAGGACACGGAUAAAACCAAAGCCGAAGUCUUCAUCUACUGGGUCCGUCUUUGCACUAUCAUAGGCAAAAUCGCAAAAUACCUCGCUCGUUCUUGCGACGCCAGAUCUUCCGCAUUCCCAGCAUCUCUGGCCCGCGAUCUCAUCAGCUGGGUCCAGUCGCUUCCUCCCCAUCUGCAACUGCCGAUUGGAUCGGAUCGCACAACCCAUUUCAAUAGAGAUGUGCAUCAACUCCAUCUUCCGUAUCUGGCCGUUAUUAUCAUCAUCCACCUUCAGCGCUCCUCCCCCUCCCAGCCUCUCCCACAAGCAUAUCCACCAGCAAUACUCGCCGCGACGUGCAUGGCUCGCAUCAUGCGGGACAUUCUAGCACGCGGAGGAACUCGAUUCCUCAUGGCCAUAUCGGGGUGGUAUUGCGGCACGGCAUUUAUUGCGCUGCUACAAGCUCUUCGAAUCGAAGGUCUGGCCAAGAGUGCCAAUGAAGAUCUAGAUAUCUUGACUCUAGCCGUGGACCAGCUGCGCAUCAUGUGGCCCACUGCCGCAGUAUUCCACUCGGGCUUUAGUCGUCUGCGGCCUGGUGCUACCGCGCCGGACUUUGACUCGCAACGAGCGCCUGGUCCGGAUCUUGGUAUGGGUGAUGGAACGGUGUAUAUGGAAAUGGCAGAUGGCAUUGAUUGGACUGCCUACUUCCCGUUCGCGACUACUGAAACUAGUGGCAUCGCUGGAUUUAUUUGA